CUCCCUCAGAGCAGCCGAAAACAGCACAGUUCUUGCAAGACACGCAACGCGCACACACAGAAGCAUCGUGUUGAUCUGACUGCAAAUCCCGGAACGUCAGCAGCCCAGAGACCCUCCUCCAGCUCGGAUUAGAGGGAAGAGGCUCGGCAGUGCGAGCAGCCGGUGCUGGAGGAGGCAGCGGAGCCGCUCCCAGGGGACCCUGGGAGUGGGGAGUAGCAGAAACUUCUUCAUUGUUUGUGAAAUCCCAGUCCGUGAAGAGCCUGAACUCCGACACAAAGACAGGUGCUAAUUAACCACUGGAAAGCGAGAGCUGUGCCAGAGAAACAGCAGCCAUCCCUCCGGUCCUCCAAGGGCUGUGAACAGCCAGCCAGGCACGAAAUUCCCACUUCUGCCUCCUUGUAACUGCCGAACUCUCACUGCAGACAGCUGAACAGGAGCCGCUCAGCUCCCCCAGCGAAGAAAAGCCAAAGCUCGUCGGAAUGCUCUUGGAAAGAAGAGUUCCUUGACUUAUUUAGAAAGUCAUUCGUUUCUUGGUUCAUGGAGCCUUAUGUCUUACAAACAUUUUUUUCUCCCAUCAUCACUUCAAAAUUUAACUUCUCCAACAGGGGGGAGAGGUAAGUUAGGUGGUCCAUGAAGCCUCAGAACUCACCUUUGAAAAUAAGCCGCAUCUAAAUGCGGUAACAGCUGCUUCUCACAGGAGGGGGAAAAACGCAACCAAACAAAAAACCUCUCACUUCUGUACUAGUGAGGCUUUCAGUGGUAUCUGAGGGUGGUCUGUGAUCAAUAGGCAUGGGAAACAUCUCCUUUUGGGAUGAUCUGAACAGCUCCUGCAGCAACGCAGGCAACAGCUGCUACCUGGAAAACAGCAUGAGGUUCAAUUUCACCCUCCAAGAGCAGGCAGCUGAUUUCUACGUUGUCCUGCCCGUGAUCUACUCUGUGAUCUGUGCUGUGGGACUCACAGGCAACACUGCUGUCAUCUAUGUGAUCCUCAAGGCCCCCAAGAUGAAGACUGUGACCAACAUGUUCAUCCUGAACCUCGCUAUCGCUGAUGACUUGUUCACCCUUGUCUUGCCCAUCAAUAUUGCAGAGCACCUCCUCCGCUACUGGCCCUUCGGAGAAAUCCUCUGCAAGGUCAUCUUGUCCAUAGACCACUACAAUAUCUUCUCUAGCAUUUAUUUCCUGACAGUGAUGAGCAUAGACAGGUACCUGGUGGUACUGGCCACAGUCAGGUCCAAGAGGAUGCCCCACCGCACGUACCGAGCAGCCAGGAUUGUCAGCCUGUGCAUCUGGAUCCUGGUCACCAUCAUAGUCCUCCCUUUCAUCAUCUUUGCCAAUGUCUACACCGACGACCUGGAGAUCAAGAGUUGUGGUCUCAAUUUCCCCAAGCCUGAGAGGUUCUGGUUCAAAGCCAGCAGGAUCUACACCCUCAUCCUUGGCUUUGCCAUUCCGGUAUCCACCAUCUGCAUCCUCUACACCAUGAUGCUCUACAAGCUGAGGAACAUGCACUUGAACUCCAAUGCCAGAGCCCUGGACAAAGCCAAGAAGAAAGUCACCAUUAUGGUCUUCAUAGUCCUGGCUGUGUUCCUCUUCUGUUGGACCCCCUUCCACCUGGCCACCAUCGUGGCUUUGACCACUGACUUACCCCAGACCUCCAUGGUCAUCGGGAUAUCCUACUUCAUCACCAGCCUCAGCUAUGCCAAUUCAUGCUUGAAUCCCUUCUUGUACGCUUUCCUGGAUGACAGUUUUCGGAAAAGUUUCCGGAAGUUGCUGGAAUGCAGAACUUCUUGAACAGGGGGUUGGGGCUGGCAGGUCCCUGCCCUUCUGGGGCUUUUCAGGGGCAACUUUGCAGACUGGAGAAGUGGCCAAUGAAUGCACAACGUCCUUUCUUUUGUUUACAUGUCAUGUGUGGUCUGCUUGUAACCUUCAUCAGCAACAGGUUUUGUCGUGCCCACUUGCAACUCUUGUAUUUCCCCUCUUUGCUCCUACCAACUUCUCAGAGUUGCAUUUCUAGACCCUGAUUUUUAAUUUCACCCUCUGAAUUAUUAAGGACAGAACAUUUACUUUUCAGGGGUGUACUUGUGCCACAGAGUGGUCCUUUAUUGCCAUCUGCUGUACAGCAUGGACAGGCUGGAGACCGAUUUCCAGACGAGUGCAAAGCUCAGUUCUUUGUCACUGAGUUAUUAGGGAGAAUUGUUGAAUGGAGCAGAGCUAAUGAGCACUUUCAAUGAAACAUCAGUAAAACAGAGGAUGAGUAUUUGGAAGAGAAAAGAAACUAUUUUCAAUGUUCAUGUAUGUUCCUGUGUGUUAUGGCUUUCUUUUGAUUUUGAAGGAUGUUCAUCUUCUACCCCACCACAAAUUUCCUCUUUUCUGACUUGUUAAAUUUAGACCAAAAGGAAGAUUUGAGUCUCAAAAAUAGUGCUAAACAGCACACCAUACAAAUACUAUAACAACUGUGAGAACUUGUAUUAGAAAUCAUUUUGAACUAGUUGUUCCUGUUAAGUGUCAAAUACAUAUUUAUUUGAGUGAGUAAUGAAAUAAACUUCAUGGGG